UCCAACCAACAGCGCAUUCAGUUGCCAUUGGCGACUUGACGUGUAAAGUGUGCGACCACAAAACUAAAUUUACCACAGAGAAUAGAGGAAACUAAGUUAAAUUAAGUGAAUUAGUUAGGCAAGGACCAACAGGACUGCAGACAAGGUAGACAAAAUGGCAGCUGCAGCACCGGCCGCAGCCGCUGCAGCACCAGCUGGAGCAGCGGCAGCUGGCGUGAAUAUAGCCGAAAUCGCUGGCGAGGCGAAUGUGAUGAACUACAUGAAGAAUCGCUUGCGUAAGGGCGCAAUGAAGCGGAAGGGACUCAUGAUAAUAAAUGGACAUAAAUUCGCGGUGCGCUUCUUCAAGCAACCGACCUAUUGUGGGCACUGCAAGGACUUUAUUUGGGGCUUCGGCAAGCAAGGCUAUCAGUGUGAAGAUUGUCGCUUCAAUAUUCAUCAGAAAUGCUGCAAUUUUGUGGUUUUUAAGUGCCCCGGCAAGGAGACCGACAUUGAUGCUGAUUGCUCGAAAGUGAAGCAUAAAUGGGAAUCGACCACAUACACGACGCCGACAUUUUGCGAUGAUUGCGGCAUGCUGCUGCAUGGUGUCGCCCAUCAGGGCGUCAAGUGCGAGAAUUGCAAUUUGAAUGUGCAUCACACUUGCAAGGAGAAGAUGCCGCCGCUUUGUGGCGCUGAUAUUAAUGAACUGCGCGGCAAAUGUUUGUUGUAUGUGGAGCUUAAGGGCAACACGCUGAUGGUGGAGAUCAAAGAGGCCACCAAUCUGAUACCUAUGGAUACCAAUGGCUUGAGUGAUCCGUAUAUUGCUAUUGCUUUACAUCCAGAUCGUAGCGGUAAAACAAAAAAGAAGACUAAAACUAUACAGAAGUGCUUGAGCCCGGUGUAUAACGAGAAAUUUACUUUUGACCUGACGCCACAAGAUCGCGAUAAGCGUUUACUGAUCGAGGUUUGGGAUUGGGAUCGUACCUCGCGUAACGACUUCAUGGGCUCGUUCUCAUUCAGUUUAGAGGAGAUACAGAAGGAACCCAUCGAUGGCUGGUACAAGUUUCUCUCGCAGGUUGAGGGCGAAUGCUAUAAUAUACCAUGCUCGGAUCCGAUCAACGAUAUAGCGCGUUUGCGUGACGAAGUGCGGACGGAUAAAAAAUCGGAUAACAAGCGUCGCAUGGACAACAAGGACAUGCCACACAACAUGAGCAAACGUGAUAUGAUACGUGCGGCAGACUUUAAUUUCAUCAAAGUGCUCGGCAAGGGUUCGUUCGGUAAAGUGCUGCUGGCCGAACGACGUGGUACUGAUGAACUCUAUGCUGUGAAAGUGUUACGUAAAGAUGUCAUAAUACAAACAGAUGAUAUGGAAUUGCCUAUGACUGAGAAGCAGGUGUUGGCGCUCUCAGGUAAACCACCGUUUUUGGUCUCACUACACUCGUGCUUUCAAACUAUGGAUCGCUUGUUCUUCGUUAUGGACUAUGGUUAUCUAAUGUGUCACAUGCAGAUCUAUGGACGUUUCAAGGAAUCUGUGGCUAUCUUCUAUGCCACAGAAAUUGCAAUUACUUUAUUCUUUCUACACGAACACCAUAUAAUUUAUCGUGAUCUCAAGCUGGAUAAUGUGCUGUUGGAUGGUGAGGGUCAUGUAAAGCUUGCCGACUUUGGUUUGAGUAAGGAAGGCAUUGAAGAACGUGAUUCUACCAGAACUUUCUGUGGUACGAAUGUCUACAUGGCGCCAGAGAUACUAAACUAUGAACCCUAUAACCACACCGUCGAUUGGUGGUCUUUCGGUGUCUUGAUUUACGAAAUGUUGGCGGGCCAAAAUCCCUUUGAGGGUGAGGAUGAGGAGAGCACGUUCAAAAAUAUCAAAGAUAAGAAAGCAGUCUUUCCGAAGCACUUCUCGCAAGAGGCUAUGGAUGUGCUAACUGGCUUCCUUGCUAAGAAGCCAAACAAUCGCUUGGGUGCCGGACGCUAUGCGCGUUCUGAAGUUACCACACAUCCAUUCUUUAGGAAUAUUGACUGGGAGAAGGCGGAAGCUAAAGAAAUGGAGCCACCUAUUGUGCCAAAAAUUAAACAUCGCAAGGACAUUUCGAAUUUUGAUAAAGCUUUCAUAACUGAGAAAACGGACUUAACACCAACCGAUAAGUUAUUUAUGAUGAACUUGGAUCAGAAUGACUUUAUAGGUUUCUCUUAUAUGAAUCCGGAAUUUAUCACUAUAAUAUAAUAAACAUAAAUAUUAACAUAUGUGUAAAUGUAUUAUAAAUGUCUGAAAGGUUAUUGAAGACUGUAAAGGUAGCAAAGAUGUUAAGAUGUUGAAACUCCAAUAAAGACAUAUACUAAACCAA